AGCAACAACAUCACUGUAAGGAGUCUGUGUUCGUCAUCAGAGAGAGAAUAUAAUGUGGCUUUCUUGCUGCUGGGACUUUGCUGGGAACAUUUGAUGUAAAAGGUGCAAAAUUGGACUUUGUUUCUUGCUUGUACCUGACUCUUUAGACUAAGUCUGCCUGAAGAUUGUGGUGCAGAAAAACUCAGGAAAAGUAACCAGUCCUUCUGGUUGAAGAAAAAGAAUUGAAACAAUUCUACACUUCCAUCAAGUGAAUUCUGUUAGAAUUCUAAGGUCCAGUUUCUCUCAGGAUGAAGAGAAUAACAACAGUGGCAGUGGUCUUUGUUUUACUGCUGACUUGUGUAUAUGCUACUAAAGAAGCUACAAAGAAGAACAGGAAAUCCAAACAAUCUGUUCCACAGAUUGAGUGUGCCAUCAAAGCUGCAAAGAUCAUCAACCCAGAAUUUAUUGCUAAGUGUCCCUUGGGAUGUCAGGAUGUUAAAUAUCGAGUUUAUGGCACUGAUAUCUAUGCCUCUUUUUCCAGUGUUUGUGCUGCUGCUAUUCACAGUGGAAUUAUUGACAACUCUGGAGGAAAAGUCUUAGUUCAAAAAGUUGCUGGUCAGUCUGGGUACAAGGGUAGUUUUUCCAAUGGAAUCCGCUCACUUUCAUUACCACGAUGGAGGGAAUCCUUCAUACUUUCAGAAGGCAAGCCCAAAAGAGGUGUGCAGUACCCAUCAACUCUGACUUAUUCGUCUUCUGAAAGCACAGUCACUAAAGGAAAUUCAUUACGGAAAGGAUCUCAGACAACUGCUGCUCCAUUACCAGCCACACAUGGUGCUGCUCACACAUUCAAACCCUUUACCACCACAACCGAAUUUGUCAGCCCAACUCCAAAGACAACCGUCACUUCAACCACCAUUGCACCAACGACCUUCACCAAAGUGACAACUGUUACAGUGGCAAAGCCUCUCAUUGCAGUCCACAAGGUCAGGGAUCUGGGCUCUAGCAAUGUCCAUCCAGUUUAUUCAGCGAUGGCGGCGGCAGCAUCAGCAUCAAGGCAAGUUCAAGCUGCACAAGGAAGAACUCAGAAUCAAGCUACUGAAACGGAUGCGUGGAAGUCUGGAUCAAGCCUUUUGGACCCAGGUUUCAGCUCCAAGGAAGACAUAGUCCCAAAGCCUCUGAAGCCAGUUUCCCAGGGAAAUCCAAAUUGCAAAGUUGAUUUAGCCUUCUUGAUAGACGGGAGCUGGAGCAUUGGCAGGCGCCGUUUUCAGAUCCAGAAACAAUUCCUCAAAGAUGUAUCUCAAGCCUUGAAUGUUGGCCCAAUAGGGCCGUUCAUGGGCAUUGUUCAGUAUGGCGAUAACCCUUCUACUGAAUUUAACUUGAAGGCCUAUGCAAAUACCAAGGACUUAAAAAAUGCCAUUGAGAAAAUAUCCCAAAAAGGAGGCUUAUCAAAUGUUGGAAAAGCUUUGUCCUUUGUUAACAAAAACUACUUUGAAGAUGCCAACGGCAACCGAGGAGGUGCCCCCAAUGUGGCUGUCGUGUUAGUGGAUGGAUGGCCCACUGAUAAGGUAGAAGAAGCCUCCAGGUUGGCACGGGAGUCUGGCAUUAACAUUUUCUUUGUCACCAUUGAAGGACCCGAUGAAAAUGAAAAGAAAAAUGUCAUUGAGACAAACUUUGUGGACAAGGCUGUAUGCAGGACCAAUGGAUACUAUUCCAUUCAUGUCACCAGUUGGUUUACCUUGUACAAAGUAGUGCAGCCUUUAGUAAAACGAAUCUGUGAUGUUGACCGCCUGGCUUGCAGCAAAACCUGUCUAAAUUCAGCCGACAUUGGGUUUGUCAUCGAUGGAUCUAGCAGCGUUGGCACAGGUAACUUCCGCACCAUUCUGCAAUUUGUAGCCAAUAUUAGCAAAGAGUUUGAGAUUUCUGAUACAGAUACCCGGAUCGGAGCUGUGCAGUACACUUAUGAACAAAGGUUGGAAUUUGACUUUAACAAGCACAGCACUAAGCAGGAGCUGCUGAACGCUAUCAAAAGAAUCAACUACUGGAGUGGAGGAACCAGCACCGGAGCAGCCAUCAACUUCGCCUUUGAGCAGCUCUUCAGCAAAUCCAAACCUAACAAGCGGAAAAUCAUGAUUUUGAUUACAGAUGGCAGAUCGUACGAUGAUGUCAGGGGACCAGCUUUAGCAGCACACCAGAAUGGUGUAAUAGCCUACUCAAUAGGAAUUGCAUGGGCUGCCCAAGAUGAACUGGAAGCUGUGGCAACUGACCCUGAUAAGGAACAUUCAUUCUUUGUGGAUGAAUUUGACAGACUCUAUAGAUUUGUUCCUAAAAUUGUUCAGAAUAUUUGUACAGAGUUUAAUUCACAGCCACGGAACUGAUUGUAUCCAGCUACAAGGGUUGCAUUGCUGAAAUUGCAUCCUAUAAAUGCCUGAUGAGAAAUUUUACCUAAAGGAUAAUUUCAGAUCUGUUCUCCAAGCAUAACCAUAAUGGAAGUGAUGCUUCCCACACCUCCCUUUACUGGUUUCUGAACUGAUCUGUUAACAAUUUGGUCAAUAGCUUUUGACUUGUUUAAAAUUAUCAGUUGGACUCAAUGAAUUUAACUUUUCAGUUUAACAGGCAUGGAAUAUUUCUGAAGAUUUCAAAGCCACCUUUAACAUUUGUCUCCAAGGGUGGUGGUGAAGGCAAGAAACAGGCUUGACUUAUCACUUUUGAAUAUUGUAAAAUAGUUUGGAUCCUAACCUUUAAUUACAGAUGUUGGCAGUCAUGUAAAUGAUAAGCAGCAAACAAGACAAUGAUUAAAUAUAGACAGUGUGAUGAAAAAA